UAGCCGCCUCCCAGAAAGAGUGUGUGUGGAAAUGGCGAGUGCGUUGGGUAGCAGAGUAGAUGGUGUUCGAAACUCUUCGUUAUUCAGAUUCUCACUCAACUUCAUUAGAACCCUAAGUUCUUCUCCUUCUUCGUCUUCUUCUUCUUCUUCUGCUGCUGCUGUUACUCAAAACCCUAAGAAAUCAAAGCGAAGAAAGAAGAAGAACUUGUUCGAGGUGACUCAGUUCUUACCUAACUGGGGAAUCGGCUACCACCUUGCCAAGACUCAUUGGAACGAAGUUUCUUAUGAAAUCACAAAGAUCAAUCUCUACAAGGAUGGAAGACACGGCAAGGCAUGGGGGAUUGCUCAUAAAAAUGGUUUGCCAGCAGCAGAUGCUCCGAAGAAAAUUAGUGGAGUUCACAAGCGCUGUUGGAGGUACCUCCCAAAUGUAGUAAAAGCAUCAGUAAGCUCACCAAACUCAACGAGUUCAACAGACAGUGGCCUAAAAGUUGAAACCCAAGCAAGUUGAUGCUUUUGGCGGACUUGGGGUUUUAGGUUAUCGAUAGUGUGCCAUGUGUCUAAGAGUUGAUUUUCAAUUGGCAUAGUUGUUUUUGAUUAUGGUAGCAUUUUUUAGUCAACCAUGAAAUAUACCUUACGCAUUCGUGUUAA